AUAACAUCUAGUCACCUCCGUAUAGAUAAUCAUGUGCAAUCGAUUAUGUUAAGGAUUCCAAAACUUGCCGAACAAUGUCGUGUAUUUGCCAAUUUUAUACACCCAGUCAGGAUAUACCCAGGAACCUUGAGACGGUUCCAAUGCCUACUAUUAAUGACUUCUCAGUACGCGAAAGCCCGAAAGACAAUGCUAGUAAAGAAUCAUUAGAGACAAAUGCUCCCGAUAACGCUCUGUCAACCUCAGAUCUUGCCGAUUGUCGUUCACAGAACUGGCUUCUUAAGAAGAAGCUACUGGAAUGCGAGAUAACCAUUCAGAAUCUUGAACAGCUGGUGACCACUGUAGUUGAGAAACAGCACCAGAUCUUGAGCGAAAUGUUUCACUUGCGCAAGGAGAACCGAGAGCUGCAGUCGGAGUGCCAUCUUCAACGCGAGUAUCACUCGAUGGAGAGAAACGCACUGAUGAGGGAGCUGCAUGUCGCCCAGACCUUGGGUCGAAGCCGAAAUUUUCUUUUGGGAUGUCGAUCAAAUGAAAGUAAAAGAAUUUCAAGCUUUAAUACUGGUGAGCCGCCUUUAAACUCUGGUGCGUCAAAAGGGGACAGUGAAGAGGCCUAUACUAGUGAAUCUUACGACGAGGAUCAUGUAACCGGCUGCAAUGGAGAAUCGGGUUCGGACACUGAAGAAUAUUCUGAUGUGCUCUUACCAAGCUCGGCUGAAAAUUCCGGUAGAUCAUCCCUUUCUUUAUCAGGCUCAGCAGUUUUGGGUGACACGGACUCGGAAGACAACCGAUCUCUUGAUUGUACAAGCAAUGAGGAUAAUAACAGCGACUCAAGCUUACUGUACAAUUAAUAAUAACAGCUUUCUUAAAGCUUUUGAGUUUAUAUUUUUAAAGAAUACAAUUCAUUUCAAUAUG